CACGAUUAUAGUUUGCACACGUAAUUGUAAAGUUUCCGUAUAAAUAGAGUUACAUAUUUGAUUUAAUCAUCCACUGCAGAGAGAUAGAUCAAGCCAUUCCAAGAAAAUAUUCUAUACCAACCGAUAUAUUUCGUUCAAGCCGAAAUGUCUUCUGAAGCCGUUUUCUGCGCCAAGUGUCCCGGGGGCAAAUGUGGCUGUACCGAUGCCGACUGCUGUACCUCCAAUUGCAGAUGUUCUGGAUGUAAGGUCAACUGCGCAUGUUUCUCUGCAAAGAGUGCUGCCUGUCCUGACGGAGUCUGUCAGAUGGGGGUUGCGUGCACGUGCGGAGAUUCCUGUAAGUGCAGUGACGCCUGUCAGUGUCCUAACUGCAAGUCCGGAUGUAAAUGUGCAGGAGCUAACUUCGUGUGUUCCACGGACUGUCAGUCCGGAAAAUGUUGUGGAACCAGCGCCUGCAAGUGUAAUGGCAAGUGUUCAUGUCCAAAGUGCAAAUGCAACUGCGCAUCUGGGGACUGUACUUGCGGCGUAGGCUGUACUGGACCCACCACCUGCAAGUGUGCCGCAGAUUGCACGUGUAAGAAGUAAGCGAGGAUGUCGUUGGACGAAAUCUUCAAACGACAUUAGAUGGACUGUUCCUCUGUUACUCAGUUGUUUGGGAUAUUUUACAACACACUCAAAUCCAUUAAAAUUCAUUAUUAAAGGACUUCGUGAUCGCCAUUGACAUGAACGUCUGAUUUUUUAUAUAAGAUAAACGUUAAUAGUUAGUUAUCAAGUUAAUGCCUAGUUUCAAUGGCGACUGUUGUUAUACAAAUGUACUCAGAAAAUAAACAAUGACAUAUAUUUGA